AUGCCCAAAAGCAAAUUGUUGUUUGUGCUCAUUGAUGGUGUUGGAGAUGUGGCCGUGCCCGAACUAAAUCACAAAACACCACUUCAAACAGCACACAUUCCAUGGAUGGACAAACUAGCCUCUAGUGGUCUGAAUGGAUUGAUGGACUCUGUAGAGCCUGGGUUGGCAUGUGGAUCGGAUACUGCACAUAUGUCUCUAUUGGGAUACAAUCCACGGCAAUACUAUCGUGGGAGAGGUGCAUUCGAGACAAUGGGUGCCGGUCUUGAUAUGAUCCCAGGAGACAUUGCUUUUAAAUCGAAUUUUGCAUACAUAGACAAAGCUACAGGUAUUGUCCUGUCUAGAAGAGCUGAUCGUCAUUUUGAAGGACUGGGCCCUACUCUUUGUGCAGCCUUGGAUGGGAUUAUAUUGCCUUCAUUUCCUAAUCACACUGUUGCUGUAAAGUAUGCUACUGAACAUCGAUGCGGUGUGCGAGUAAGAGGGCCAAAUCUGACAGAUGAAAUCACAGGCACAGAUCCUCUCAAAGACAAUUUGCCAUUGGUACUAUGUGAACCUACUACUAAUUCACCAGAUGCCAAGAUGACCAGCAAAUUGAUUAACGAACUUUCGAAUGAAUUCUACAACGUCCUCAGUAAACAUCCUAUUAAUUCAGAUCGAAAGAAAGCUGGAAAGAACCCUGCAAACUGUGUUCUCUUACGCGGAUGUGGAAGUUGUAUUAAUAUUCCAAGUAUUUAUGCUCUGCAUGGUCUCAAGAGUUUCUUGAUCGCUCCUACAUGUAUUAUCGCUGGGUUAGGAAUGACGGCUGGUAUGGAUAUUUUGUCUGUACAUGGUGCCACUGGCGACUACCACACCGACUUUGAUGCCAAGGCAGAUGCAGCUUUUAAAGCACUAACUGGGCCAGUGUAUGAUUUUGGGUUUCUUCACAUCAAGGCUGUAGAUGAUGCUGGUCAUGAUCGUAAUGUGUCUCUCAAGGUCAGCUUUUUGGAGAAGAUAGACGAGAUGAUCGGUUCUUUGGUGACUCGAUUAAGCGAGGUUGAGAUGGCCAAUGAUGAAAAGUACACUAUCAUUGUGACAAGUGAUCAUUCUACACCAGUACUUUAUGGUGAUCACAGCUGUGAACCAGUACCAUUCUGUAUAUGUAGUGUAGAAGACUGUGUGCGCGGACAACAAAGUGACCUGACUAUUGAAUUUAACGAGACCGAGGCUGCCAAAGGUAGUCUAGGACGAUUUUGUGGAGACCAGGUCAUGAAGAUUGCAAAGAGCUACAUGGCUAUUAAUAAAUAG